GUUCUCUGGAACAGUUCGACUUGCUCUGAGGAGUUUCGGUUUUUGUUUCAAGCUGCAGAGUUUAAAGUAUUUUCGUAAUGUGUAAGCUGGCAAUAGGUGGUCAUGGAAGAAAAACUGAACAUGAAUGGACUGGACAUGGUAGCUUAACUUUCACUGCGUGAAGAAAUACAACCAUUCUGGCAUUCCUACAUAUCAAAGACUUGGUGAUCAGUGUAUGAAUGGAUAAGAAUUGUACCACCAAUAGAUGCUUUUGCUGGAUCCUCCAAAUCCUGGGACAAGAUAGACGGUUCCCCAACAGCAGCAUUCUCUCCCAAGCCAACAUGCCCAGAAUUGAGGCGCUAAUCAUUCCAAGCCAACUCGACUGGGCAGUGCGUGUCAUUCAUACACCCAAAUUAGAGACAAAAGAAACUGCAGAUGCUCAAAUCCAAGAUAACUGCAAAGAACAAAUCCUCCACAUUAGGACUUCAAAUUUGGAUAUACAUACUACGCGUACAGGUUGUUAAAACAAUGGAAGAUUACAAACAAAAAGAUUCAUCAGUGAACAAUGAGCUUUCAGCAGCAUUUUGCUAUAAAACCUCCAUUAAGGAACAAAGUGUUACUGGGGCUGCACAAGGAUGCAGUAGUGAUGUUUCACAACAAAACAAAGCCCCUUCCAGCGCAACAGUCCCAGAAGCUACACUAACCACAAAACAGCUGUUGCAGUAUUGGAAUAAUAUGAAUAAAAAGGUGAAGCCAAUUCGAUUGCUCUUUGAUAUACCAGAAACUAGAACUGUAGAAGAACAGGGGUCCAAAUAUGUGAUGUACAAAGUGGUGGUCAUAAAAUCCGGCACCUAUGAUGGUAGUCAAGCCUAUGCUGAACGGCGAUACUCAGACUUUGAAAAGCUCCAUAAAAAUAUCUUGAGAAAUUUUAAAGAAGAGAUAGAAGGAAUUACAUUCCCAAAGAAAAUCGUGGCUGGGAACUUCAUGCAAGAAAAAAUCAUUGAACGUAAAUUGGCACUCAUGGACUACUUGGGACAGUUAUAUGCAAUCAAAGACAUCCGUGAAUCGGAUGAAUUUAUUGAAUUCUUCUACCUACCGGAGGUGCAGGAAGGAUACAACUGCCUCAGAAGUGGCCAAUAUACCACAGCUUUGAACUGCCUUCUGAAUGUUCUUAGCUUGCAGGAGAAACUGUGUAUGCGUUAUUAUGAUCGGCUUGUUCUUACACUCAGUGCUAUUAGUGUGUGCUGCAGAGAUCUGGGUAAUAUAGAUGAUGCCUAUCAAUUCUGUGAGAAAGGUGGCCUUAUUUUACCCAAUCACAGUCGCCACAAGUACCUUAUCCCUUUGCUGAAGGUUCAGAUCAAUCUAGGUAAUGAGCUAGGUAAGGACAUGAGGCACCUCCAAAAAAAGGUGACUGAAUUAGAGGAACAACAUGGCUGCCAAAGCAACCUGCCUUCACUGAAAGAGCUUGUGGUGCAGGAAUACAUUCAAUAAAGCCUAUCUUUCAGAAAGUCUUCUUGCAAGCAGUCAACUAAACUGCCAAAUAGGUUAAUGUCACACUUUUACUAAAAUAUUUUCUGUGCAUUAAAAAAGAAAUACAUUGUACAAUCUAUUUUAACAAAAAGGAGGUAAUUUUCAAAUAAAAUUUUUGACAUCUUUUCUCUUCACCAAAGAGAGGGAGAAAAAAAAACGUCUGGUGAAAUCUGCAGAUUCUCCAUACGUGGCCUGACCUUUCACUGAUCAAUGGCCCAGUUUCUGGUCUUCAUAAUUUAAAACACGUAAUAAAUUGAGCAGAUUUUUCAGUGGACAAAUAGAUAUUACCGAUCCAUCUUUGGAUCUGUAAUGCAGAAUGUUUGAUUUGCAUCAUUUGGUCUCCAAACCUCCAAAGCCUCACUUUCCCUCUCCCCAGUAAGUCCGGUCAGCAGCUGUCUGAGGUGAGACUUCCAUCUGAAUGAGAGGCAAUAGAUCCUUCUCCAGCUAAUUAAUGAUUUUUGGAGCACUAAAUCUCUUUUGGGGCUGCAGUGUUUGCUGGGGUUGCAUCGUGACUUCAGGUGAUGGGACAAGAAUCUCAUCCAUUCAACAACUCCUGCUCAUGGUUACACAGUGACUAAUGUUGGAAAAUGAGCAUUUCAGGGUUCACAAUAUUUGAAAAGACAAACAGGAUUGAAAAGGAGGCGGCUUAACCCUGAUAAUAAAGAAAGACUUAAGGACAUUCAUAGGAACAGAUCCUGAUCUGGAAAUCAAUAUGGGGGUUAAUUAGGCUUCAUAAGCAUCAGAAAACAUUGGUGGGAGUAGUUCAUUUGCCCCUUAAUGGUGGUUAUACUAUUGAACAGAACAUUAAACAAGAAGUUAUUGGAGAUUACCACAAAGGCAAUAUAUUAAUUGUGGCGGACUUUAGUCUUCAUAUAGAUUGGACCAAUCGAAUUAGUAAAGGUGGCCUGAAAGGUGUGUUUACAGAAUGCUUUCAUACAGUUUUCUGGAGCAAUAUGUUGUGGAACCAACAAAGAGUAAAGGUAUUUUAGGUAAAGAAUUCAGUGAAGCAGGGUUGCUUUGUGAUAUCAAAUGGUCUUCUGCUGGUCCUAUUUCUUAUGUUCUAAUAAUCGUAUGUUCUUGCAACUCAGAAUUAAUACUACCAAAGAAGCAGACAGCAUGCUGAUCAUCUUCUGUUCAUGGCAAAAAACAUGGUCUUUUGCCUUCAACGAACCACAUUAAAUGUACAAGACUUUAAGAUGUUGACAGUUU